AUGAACCGGAAGCACCGCUCUGUCACCGUGGGCAGCGACGAGUCGCCUCCUCUGUCUGCUCAUGAUGCGCCCAAGGUGGUUUUUGCGAAUGGAGGGCCGCUUGCCAGGACUCGGGCGCAUCGGCGUCGAAGCACACUGCAUAACAUUCUUGAGCGCACACAGAAGAAUAAAGACGAGCCGCCGCCGCCGUCGCCGCAACAACAGCAGUACCCACAGCAACUAGAACAACAGCAGCGGUACAAUGAGACCAGCGCUCCGGUCGCGCUCCAAACCAAUGAGAAUGCCAUAGCUGGAAAAAAGCGACGCGCUCACCAACUGUCAAUUGGCGACAACAUUCUGACAAUGGAUUCCUUGCAGCUUACGCAGUCUUUGUCCCGGGAAACCAACAUUGCGCCUGUGCGCACCGUCCAUAAGGCGAGCUCCAGUUCCGCCGUGCGACGCCGCCCUCGACCAGGCACGCGAGCGCAGCUCCCAUCGAUGCAGCCGCUGGCCCUGUCGUCAAAGCACCGAGGCGGCAGCCCGUCGCGGGUGGAGCGCACCUACAGAGUGGCUGAUCGCACAAGGGGAGCGACAUCGAGGACGCGACAAACAGUCGGAAAUGGACGAGGACUUGUCCCCGUCCCCAUCGCCAAUGUCAGCUGUGUUCACUAUACCAGCCCUCCAGCAGCCACCCCCGCCGAUGGAUCUGCCCCCGCUGCCUGCGAAGCUCCAGCAGCAGCUCAAGCAGCUGCCUCGGCUGUCUCCCCCGCGCAAGCUGAUUCUGGCCAACAACCCGGGCCUGCAGCUGGGUCUGCCCGAGCCGGGGCUCCGAUGUCGCCAGCCGUGCUGUCACAGAUCUCGAAUCGGCGGGUCAUUUCUGGCUCGUCGCUUCUGCGGUCCCCAUCAAAGGCGACCUUUGCCGACAACCUGGCCAGCCAAAACAUGCAUGUGCUCGGCUCGAACCCGCCUGCGUCGGCUAGGAUCGGAAGGGGCCAGGCGACAGAGGUCUUCCGCCGCGUUGGUUACUGGCUCUACAGCACCGCGCCCGUGCAAUUCAUUAAACAUGCCAUGGUCGAGGAGCGUCAUGACAGUGUCAAUGUACUGUUUUCGACAGAAAAGUCCAUCUGGAUCCUGGGCGUCAGCUACAGAUUGAAGAAGAACACAAAGAGCGUCACGCUGCCAGCAGCGAUCGAGGCAGACAGCACGCACUUGCACGCAGACAGCAGCCUUUUUUUGAGCCACCACCAUCAGAAACGCAGCAUCAGCCCCAGCACCUCUCAUCACUUGCGGAAGGCCGAUAUCAUAUCACAGCGGCGGUCGGAGGAUAUUAGCAGCCGACGUCGGGCAAACACUUCUGGCGUGAUGCUCAACAAGAAGAAGUUGCAGAGCAUAGCCCAGCUGCAGAACUACGUCGGCAUGCCAGCCCUUCCUGAGCCUGGCACGCCCACGCUCGCCGCGACCCCCGGACCGCGGACAUUGGCGUCAAUUCCAUCGCAGGACCUUUUGCGGCCCAAGCAGUGCCCAUCGGGCCGCCCAGCCCCAUGCCGUUUCCAGACGACCCGUUCGAUGGAUCGCCGCGCCUGGGGAUAG